ACUCUGAACACCGCUACACGUCGGCCACCCUCGCCCCUUUUUCUGCCUCUCCUCCCGGGGAGUGAACCGGCAGCUGCGACCGCUCCCAGCGUCGCUGACCCGGCUGCGGUUGCUCCCAUCACCCGCUGGAGAUCCACGCCGGCUCUGCCCCUCGGCUCUCUGCAUCAGCAUCCAUAUUUGCAGCCCAGGGAGUGGCAGCCUCCUCCUCCUCCUCCUCCUCCUCCUCAUCCCGGGGACAAACUCCCAAGUUGCGGCUUUAAAUCGAACAAACCACGCAGCCAAACAUGGAGACCGACAGCCACCACUCCCACAUCUAGUGCCUGAUCCGCAAGCCUUCAUCAGCCAGGGAGGAGCUCUCAGGUCCCGGCCGUCUCCCCGCCACAGAAUGAACAUGCUCAAGUCCAGCGGACUGAAAAUCCCUGGCCGCGGGCCCAAGCAUUCCAGCCCAGUGGGGAGGACCUCAGCGGGUGCAGCGUCCAGCCCCGUCGUCUCCAAAGACAACCCUCCCCUGAAGCCGACCACACCGACUAGGAUCUCUGAGGAGGGCGACGAUGUUUUGGGCGACUACACGGUGGGCGAGCAGGUCUGGGUCAACGGUGUCAAACUAGGAGUUAUUGCUUACCUCGGGGAGACCCAGUUUGCCCCGGGACAGUGGGCAGGCGUAAUACUGAAUGACCUAGUUGGCAAAAACGAUGGUUCAGUGGGUGGCGUGCGCUACUUCGAGUGCCAGCCCCUCCAGGGCAUCUUCACGCGACCCUCCAAGCUCACACGACAGCCGGUCGGAGAGGGGAGCGACAGCCACUCCACUGACUCACUCUCUGCCCAGAAUCAGACUCAGCAGGGUGGCGGUGGAGCCCCCGCUGGCCAGCGGGUGGUAGUGCCCCUCAGAGAGGGCCUGCUCAACAGCGCCGUGAAAACGGGCAACGAGUCGGGGUCCAACAUGUCCGACAGCGGCUCAGUAAAGAAAGGUGGAGACAAGGAUCUUCGAGUUGGAGAUCGAGUUUUGGUCGGAGGCUCAAAGAUGGGGGUCAUACGAUACAUGGGGGAGACGGACUUCGCCAAGGGGGAGUGGUGCGGGGUGGAGCUAGACGAGCCCCUGGGAAAGAAUGAUGGUGCAGUAGCUGGUACAAG